AUGAUUUCCUGUCACCAAUUGAGCCAGAUGGCCUCAGACUAUAAGUUCAAUCCCAGAGUGCCGCUGAGAUUGUACCUGAAAACAUGCGUCAGCUUGUUGGAGGAAGCUCAAGAGUCAUUUCAAUCAGGAAACGUACAACGAUCGUACGUAAUGUACCUCCGGUACCUGGACCUAUGCACGAAGAAACUGCCCGCGCAUCCUGAACUUCUCGGUCCCCAAGCUGACCCAGACCGCAUACUAGCCAGAAAAGGGUAUAUGCAGCUGCUGAAACUGGAGGUGCCUGCCAUACUGAAAAUCUCGGAAGACCUGAGGCUACAACUGGAGAGAAGUUUCGCACAGCAGGCUAAAUCGUUGGCCUCCAACGUGGCCAAACAACGGCCGCUGCCUAAGGAAAGAGUCGAGGAGAUCAAACUUCCGUCAACGUUUGAUGAAUCUCGUUUUAAGCAAUCCAUUUCGACCCUUCAGCGUCACACUGAAAGAGCGACAGCAGCAUUCCAACAAAAAGAAUCACAUUUGGUGUACCCGGAACUGCCGCAACUGAGUCACCCUUUCUACGCAUCGUAG